UUUUGUAAUUAUUAAAUAAUAAGAUAUAUAAUAUGGCUAAGUAUAUAAAGAAGGUAAAGUAUAAGAGAGCAUUAAGGGGAAGAAGAAGAAGAAGAGGAAGAAAAGGGACCGAGAGAGGAUCUAUUCUCAGCUCAGCUCAGCGAGGUAGGCAGCCAUGGCGUCCAAGCGGAUCUUGAAAGAGCUCAAGGAUCUUCAAAAGGAUCCUCCUACCUCUUGCAGCGCUGGCCCGGUUGCCGAAGACAUGUUUCAUUGGCAGGCAACAAUUAUGGGUCCUCCAGACAGCCCAUAUGCAGGAGGAGUUUUUCUUGUCACUAUUCAUUUUCCUCCAGACUAUCCAUUUAAACCACCUAAGGUUGCAUUCAGAACAAAGGUCUUUCACCCCAAUAUCAACAGCAAUGGUAGCAUCUGUCUUGAUAUACUGAAGGAGCAGUGGAGCCCUGCCCUAACCAUAUCCAAGGUGUUGCUUUCCAUAUGCUCAUUGCUGACCGAUCCCAACCCCGACGACCCGUUGGUGCCCGAGAUCGCCCAUAUGUACAAAACUGAUAGGAAUAAGUAUGAGACAACUGCAAGAAGCUGGACUCAGAAGUAUGCUAUGGGUUAGUAGUAUGUUGCUAAGGCUGUGUCUUGAGGGGUGGGAGUGUCUUUUUCCACAUCACUAUUAUUCUUCUGAUUAACAUUGUAUGAAAGAAAUUAUUGGCCAGCACCAGCAGCAGCAGCAGCCAAUCCUUUUGAGUAAGAUGUGUGAAAAAAACAUGGUCUGUUCUUCUCAUAACUGGACCUUGAGGGAAAUAGAUUCUGAAUUCUGCCCUUCUUAGAACACAACUGCAUUAAUCGAUUUGUAUUAUGCUAAAUUAUAUUUAAUUUUGAAUUACUUGUUUAUCA